AUGGGGAAGCAAGGCAAGUCUUCCGCUACCUCAGGGACGAGGAAAAAACAUGCCAGAAAAGCUGCCACCCAUGACCCGUCUAUUGCGAUUGUGCCUGCAGCCAAGUCACAAGGAAAGGGGAAAGGUAAAGGCAAGAACAAGGAACCACGAGUAAAACAAUAUAUUCCCCCACCGAAAUACAAACCCUUGGUCGAUGAUCCAAUCGAAUCUUUAUCAGUCGCUAGCGUUCUCCCACCGAAUAUGGUGUUGUGCUUCAAAGGAUUGUCGAAGAAAGACCCAGUAACGAAGAUGAAGGCGCUGGAUGACCUAGCCACCAUGUUAGACGAUGAGAGCUGGAACAUCGCUUUGCCUGUUUGGCUUUGGCAUUUUGUUUCACUCUCUGUGCAUCCAAAUCGAAGAUUGCGUGAGUCAAGCGCAAUUAUUCACUCCAAGCUGUUUGAGCAGCCUAUCCUGCGGGAUGAGGCACAGUCUUAUAUCCUAAGGGAACCCAACGCUGGUACGUUCCUAGCGGCCUGGGCUCUUGGAGCCAACGACGUUGUGCCUACUAUUGCAAAUACACUGAGGGUUUCAUGGGAUUUGAAUAUCACCUGGCACACAACAGCCCCGCAGAAUCAAUUCAUAGAUAUCCAGGACCAUGUUGAGUACUUGGUCGCAACCCUCCUCCAAGCUAUCAUAGAUCCUGAACAACUGUAUCAAAACUUCGCGCCUCUAUUAGCCGCGUCUUCCAAGGACCUUAUCGACGUGGUCGACACGGGAGAAUAUUUACGGGACCGCAAUGGUCGGAUUCGGACAGCGGGUUUGAACUCGAUUACAUGGAUCAUUGAAGGACCUUCAACUAUUGCGCAUUCGGUCUUGCUCGGACCUUUCCGUGAACUCCUCUCAUCAAAUAUAUUACUCGGCACCAUACUAUCCGCUCAACCAUCAGUGUUCGGCGCUUCUGAUAUAGAUGACGAAAAAAAAGAACCAGUAUCGUGGGGGUACGAGCAACGAGCCGUCCGUAUGGCUGGGUGGAAGCUUAUCAAAGAAUUCGUGAAAUAUUUGCAGAACAAUCAAACAGAUAUUGUCGAGGAAAUUUCCAACGAUGAUACUCCACUUCCACUUAAGUUAGGUUAUCUGCGUAACCUUGGAUGUGCCGCACUGCGCUCGGCCUGGGUAGAAACUGAUUCUGUUGUACGGACUUCAAUGUGGGAGGGGCUCUUACCACUAAUUACGGUAUUCCCGGAGGUUUGGGACAUGGAUCCUAUAAAUCAGGCUUUAAUCGGAACUAGCCAACAUACCGCGGCUGAGAGCGAUAGCAGCGAAGAUAUUGAGGACGGUCCCAUGGAGACGGUCCCAAAUGGUGCCACAAGGUCCCACCCGGCCACAAGCUACAGCCACCUUGCCUUUAACGAUUUUUUACAUUUUCUGGAAUUGGGGUGCCGGGGCUCUGCAACUCAGUCUUACCCAGCUAUUGUAGUUGUCUUGUCGACCAUUCCUGAGGCGAUAUUUCCGUAUGAACCCAAUACCCUUGAGCGCCUUUUCACAUCACUUUGGGCCGCGUAUGAUGGGAAGGCGCUGAGUGUAUUACCUCGGGAUAGGGAGCCCGCUGGAAAAGCCUUUCUUUCCUGUGUUCUAGAUUGCGUCAUCUUUUUCAUUCAAAAGCUCCAUACGCCCACUCAGUUGUUACAAUCUGAACACAGGUCAGAGCUUCAGCCUGGAAAGGCAGUAGAACUGGUGCCUCUGAAGUGGAUAGCGCGCAUAAUUCAAGAGGUUAUUCAUGGUGAUCUGUCCCAGAACGUCCCCGUAGAUACCGCCGGUCAACUGAUCGGCGAAUCGAUGAAGAAGCUAGAACAUAUUAGUCCAGAUAUGACCAGAUUGGCCUGGCGUGUUGAAUGGGAGCCAGUAUUGAUUCAACACCAACCACAAGCUGACCGAAAUGAAAGCAUUAUCAAACUUCUAGGACAUAUGAGGUCUGCGGCUCGUGGGGGAAUAAACCAGGAAAUAGUCGACAAGAUAUUAAAGGAGAAAGUUCAAGUCAAACUUGAGGGAGUUGAAGGCUGUGAUUCGCCGACAGAACAGGCCCGAGUCCUGAUCAGCCUUUGGGAACAUCUCAAUUCCGUGACAGCACCUUGGCUGGUAGAGGUUACCGAUCAAGUAUGGAAUGCAGAAGUUCUCGAUCGUAUGGUUCGUAUUGAGGAACCCCGGGGAAUCAUCAUUUUCUUGAAUGGGUACCUCAGUGCGCCUACUGCAUCGGAGAACUGUCGCCGUGCUAUCUGGAGCCAGUUUCUGAGCGCCUGCGCCGGUGCCUCGGCAUUCUCGGUGCUUCGUGACAUUCUAGACCUCGUAGGUACCGCAGCACUCACAGUCGACGAGGUCCCGGCACUUUUCGACCUAACCAAAUCGUGGAUGGUUGAUCUUGCUCAAGGAAAUCCAACAGACGGCGCAACUUUGGGAUCUGUCCUCGUUCAUUGGAAAAUAUGCCUCAGCCAAACCCAAGCUUUGGAAAUUCUCGAACUUCUUUUAUCUGCUUUUAUUCUACAUGCUCGCGAACUUCUAUUCAGUUCUAGCGAUGUCGUCUCUCCCGUGAUCCAGCCGAUUGCCCAUGUUCUGGAUAUCGUUCUAACGAGCGACACAUCGCUGGAUUUCUAUACUUGGCCUACCUUGAAUUUCGCGGACGCGGGCGCGCUGUUACGCAUACUUCCCAAUUUGUACGAGGCAGAAGUCCCCUUUGCUCGAUUCUAUCAAUGGGACAGGGCUCUGAAGUCUUGGUCUACGUAUGCGCCCGUUGAACUCCAAUCUGAAAGUGACGCGCGGGCGAGAGAGCUGAUUCGAAGCUUAUUGAUUAGUUGCAGCACCUCAUUAAGCGCUCGUGACGUUUUAACGGUUGCAGUUCGAUCAGCCUUGUACUUGGAUGAAAAGAUGAUCCUUUUGGAAAUGAUUCCAUCACAAUACGACUUCGACCAGAAUUUGGACGACUUAAACGAUAACCCUAGUCCUGUACUGGCUGAAUACGACCCAUUGGUCAGGUUAGGCGACCGUGAGCCUGAUAGUCUCGCUCUCGCCACCUAUGAUUCACACGGCCUUUCUAAAUACGCACGCGUCGGAACAAUCUUGGCCACGACAUUGUCGGAGGAUCGGCACCUUGCAAGGGAUAAUCUCUGGACAUUCCGCCACCUACUGGCACUUCAGCAAUUAUCUCUCGAUUUUGUUUCUGCGGCUACUUGGCCAUCUGAAGUCUUCAGAGUGGGUGCCUCGAGUCAGGUGCACACCCUACUUGGUGUUUUAGCGCCACUGGCCAUCUAUUUGGGGAAUUCACUACUCGCCGACCACUCUCUGGAUUGGCAUAAGCAGAUUAUUUCGCGAUUACAGAAUCCCGGCUCCGACCCUGUAGCCCCGCAGAAUGCCGAGGAAGUUAUCCAUCAAUACUACUCAAUUGCAACUCGUAACUCCCCGACUUCCCGUGAUUUGAGGCUGCUGCGCCGUAUCAUGCAAUUUGUUUUGCGUGAUGCGGAAACGGAUAUUUUAGAUUUAUGGUCCGAUUUCGCUCAGUCAGCAUAUAGCCACUACUCUGAAGCUGCAGAGGCAAUUGGGGAUCGUGUUCAUGCCACAGCAGAGAGCAGUUUAUCUCGUCCAAGCUUUACAAAAAUGGAUGUCGGUGACGAGGAGCUUGACACAAGCAUGGAGGCGCUGGUAACUGUUCUACUAGGUCAUCUCCUUCCAAUCCUGCAGACAAUCCGAGGAGCCCACUGGGAAUUCAUACUGGAUGUCCUCGAAAACAAUCUUAGUGUGGAAACGAGCAUUACAAACCUCUAUCUUUUAUUGCAAACCCUGAGGGCGAUAACAAUCAUUCUCAAUCUGAUUACAACAAAUCAGCAGCUCACGGAAAUUUGGGCCCCGAGGCAGCACGAUAUAUUCCAAGGCAUACUCCAAUUGUUCUUAAACUCAAGUGGUGACGCAGAGGACUCGGAAACGCGAGUCAGGUACAAUUCCUACCUUGCUGAGGUUAUCCAAGCUAUACCCUCGGAACAAAUCCAUCCUGACCUUUUCGAGAAACUUUUUUCACUCGUUUUCAGCGAGAGCGUUCCCAUAAAACUCACUGCUCACUAUUUGGCAAGGAGAGCUCUGUCGCAAAUAACGGAGCAACGAGUUCUGGAAGCUGCGGUCAACGCACCAUCUGUGUCUCUGGCAGAGACGGAUGUACAGGCAGAGAAAAGUUUCGAAUUACCCCACCCUUUGGUUGAGAAAUUAGUUUCGUCUGGUUCUUCGCAAGCCAACUAUUCGAAUAUCGAUUUGUUGCUUGCCUGGUGGCUAGCGCUGGAAUUCUUCGAUAAAACUUCAUUGAAGAUUAAGCAAGACUAUUUCGACCAAUUGCGCAGGCUGAACCUGGUCAAAACAUCACUACUUCCAUGUUUGUUCAAACUGCUCAAUCUCGGGAUAUCAGGAGAGAAACCUUUUAACCUGAGCCCUUGGCAAGUUGAUGUCUUUUAUCUGAAUCUGUACGAUAAUUCGUUCACUUCGGCCGAAAACGUACUCGCAGCACAUAUUUACUUCAAGUCGUUGAAGUUUAUCCCAGCGUUGAUCCGCGCAUGGUACUCAGAAUGUCAGGAUCGGCAAUUGUGCGCCUCAGUCUCAGCCUAUACGCGGAAUUACUUCUCGCCCACCUUGAUCAACCAAGAACUUGCCCAUUUCCGCGCCUCCGCGGCUUCUGCAUCUGAAAUCCUUGUUGACGAUACAUUCACUGUCAAGGUAGCCCCAAGUGUAAACGAAAUUAGCGCAAGCUAUGCGGUUGAUGAGCAGGAAUCGUUUGAAGUAGCGAUACGGCUGCCAAAUGAAUAUCCUUUACGAGCUGCCGAGGUAAAAGACGUAAGAGGGGUUGCAGGUAUGGAAAACCGGAGAAGGGCGUGGCUCUUUGGAGUACAGAAUAUGGCACAGCAAGGUUUAAUUUACGAUGGCCUAGUAAUGUACAAGAAGAAUAUCGCCGGCCAUUUCGAGGGAAAAUCCGAAUGUGCAAUCUGUUAUUCGUGA